AUGACAGCUUUCUUCGUCUAUCUGUUCGUCUUCAGAUACCUUCGUCUCGUCGUCCACCUGGUUUCGUUCUGGUGCUUCUACCAGCCAGCUCCUGUUCCCAAGAGACCGACCGUUCGUCCAUCCGACUGCACAAUCAUUCUGCCAACCGUUGAUCCAGAGAACAGAGAUUUUGAAGAAUGCCUCACUUCAUGCCUGCUGAAUUUCCCUGGUGAAAUAAUCAUUGUCCCAGUUGGCAGUGCAAUGACUGAAAGAACAAAGUCCAUUGUUGGCCCUUACCAGCAGCGGUUCCCAGAGACAAAGAUUCGUGUCAAAACCUCCUCUGUCGCUAACAAGCGGAUCCAGGUCGCACACGGGCUCCAAUACGUGAACACGAAGAUCACUGUCCUCUUCGAUGACCACGUCUUUUGGCCCUCUGCACGCUUUCUUCCCACGAUCCUAGCCCCCUUCGAAGACCAUCGCGUUGGUAUUGUCGGCACCAACAAGCGCGUCCGCCGCACCGACACUGGCUUCAACAUCAAGUCCUUCUGGAAUAUGCUCGGUGCUCUGUAUCUCGAACGUCACAACUUUGAGAUCCGAGCUACAAACGCAAUGGAUGGCGGCGUGUUUGUUGUCUCUGGACGUACCUCUGCCCAUCGGUCUCAAAUCCUCACUGACCCCAAGUUCAUCCAGGGCUUCACCAACGAGCGCUUCUUCUUCGACCAGUUCGGGCCCCUUAACGCUGACGACGAUAACUUCAUCACCCGCUGGAACGUGCGACAUGGAUACAAAGUCAAGAUCCAGUACUGCCGGGACGCCUGCAUUGAGACUACACUAGGCACUUAUCCCAAGUUCCUCUCUCAGUGUCUCCGCUGGGUCCGUACAACCUGGCGCAGCAACUCGGCUUCACUCUUUACAGACCGCACUGUCUGGAGUUCCCAGCCGUGGUGUGUUUAUGCCGUGUACUUAACCUCGUUUGUGAACUUUGCCCUAUUUUACGACGCUGCGUUGGUAUACACUCUGGUCAACAGUAAGCUCGGCAGCGAAGUACCCGGUGCACUGUCAUACCUUCUCCGCUGGAUCUUUAUAUCCAAAAUGGUCAAGCUGACACCUUACUUCCUUCGCGAGCCGCAGGAUCUUAUUAUGCUCCCGGGGUACUUCUUGUUCGCCUACUUUCAUAGUCUGAUCAAGCUCUAUGCGGGCCUUACCUUCUGGGAGACGAAUUGGGGUGGGCGGAACCUCGACGCUAUUAACAGCGGCGCUAAUGCGCAGAAUGCAAACGUUUCUGAGAAAAAGUAUGUUUCCGAGCCUCGUGCUCACAAGGUGAAACAUGCUGACCGCGUUCCUGUUCAAGAAACGCCCAGGUUUAAACCUGCUGUUCCGUCUCCGCGUUUCGACCGCAAACUACCCUUCAAUUUGGCGUAA